GGGUGGAGAAAAGAUACAGAAGAAAGGGUACUCUGGUCUUGCUACUUAUGUGGGUCAUAAGGCGAAAAUCGUUUGUUGCUGUAGUGAUCCCUUCCGAAACGUUUUCUUUUCUGUGGAUGGCUUUUCGGAGGGGGACCUGCUGGUCUCGAGGUGCUUCCCACGGGACAACUCGUCCGUGUCCUUUUACGCGCUGCCACGGGGUAGCGGUGGGGGUAGCGGCAGGGGUAGCACUGGGGGUGGUGGGAACGAUGGCCAGACACCACGCCAAAGCCGCCCCCCUGACACCUCCCUACGGAGAGCGAGCGAUCUAUUCAAUGAGGGCAGAGUGCUCAUUACGAUCCACAAGCAGUUCGUCCUCGUGAAUGUAUACGCCCCCUACUCUGGGUGCAACUACAACCGAUUGGAUUACAAAAUGAGGUUUCUCCACGCCGUUCGAAGCAAGCUCCUUGAGCUGAGAAUAACAACGGGUCUUCCUAUCAUCCUCGUGGGAGAUCUCAACAUAUCCUUCCGAAACAGAGAUGUGCACUACCUGAACAAUAUAGUAAAUCUGGAUGAGCUACAAAAACAAAUAAACAAGGUCAGCAUACGAGAGGACCUAAAGAAAAGGAUAUGCAAACAGAUACCUCUCAUCAUUGAGACACUGAGCAGUCGAGAUAAUUUUGUCAUUAAGAAACAGAAAGGAGAAAAUGGAGAGUCGUUUAGACUGUACUUAAAAAUUAAGGGGGAAGUCAAAAGGUGCUGCACCAAAUUUGUGAAGAACCUACUCUGUGAGGAUAAAAUGGUAGAUCUUUUUUCCUUUUUCUAUCCAUCACUUAACGGGAAGUUCACCUGUUGGGACACGUAUAAACAGCACCGGAUGAGUAAUGAGGGCUCUCGUAUCGAUUACAUUUUUGUGGACUUUGUUCUGUAUGAGCGUCUGAUCAGGGGGCACUCCCAUUUGUACGAAUCCCCAGUCGUUUUAACUGACGAGCUUAGGGGGUGGUUGUGCCGGGGGGGUGGCCCCAGCGAGGCGACCCGUGGCGAAGCAAACAAUCGCGUGGUAACCGGUGAUGCCCCUCACAAUGCGGCAGACACUCAUGACGUUGCUACCCCUGGCAGUGCCGCUACCCCCCGCCAGCGGAGCUACCUCUGGGUAAAUUCCCCCGAGAACAACUGCAACUAUGCCAACUACUUCAAUCGGCUAAGAAAAAAAACGGGCAGAAUCCCCACGGAGGAUGAAGCAGUAAGCGAACACGAAGAAGAAAUAUAUCACUUCCAAUUUAAGCUCCGAAGUUACAUCGGCUUUAUCUACACCUCCCCGAGGCUCAGCGACCACAUAGCAGUUAACUGUACCUUCUUGACCAAGGCAAAGUCGGACGGAAAAAAGAAAAGAAAACAAAUACCCAUAUGUUUUUCAGCAGAAGCUACCAUACCUCUGCGCAACUUCUGCUUCUCAACAGAGCAGUAUGCUUCCUUUUUGCCACUCUACUUAAUUGACACUCCGCUUUUUUCUGGAUACGCUUUCAAGUUCUUACAACCUGUUCAUGCGCAUGGCGGCACGUGUCCCAGCGUCGCGCAGGCGCAGCCACACAAAAAGACUAACAAGAUAACGCAGUACUUUAGCAUAAAAAGGGGCAAGCGUUA